UUGGGGACCCAUCGCCGCCUGGGAAGCGCGCCACCAGCACGCGGCCCACAGCGCCGUCCACAUGCCAGGCAUCCGGCACAGCAGCCCCAGCACCUGCCCUGCGCCCGGCUGGCAUCCGCAGCCCGGAGAGCCGGGCACUGCCAAGCGCCGCCGACUGGACGUGCCCGCCGCGGGCCCCCAGCCGCUGCCACAGCCCGGGCUAAGCGACCCGGCCCUGGUCCCAGCUCCAGAAGACUACCUGUGCAUCGAAGCCAGCGUCCAUUACGAGGCCGCCGCUGAUGUGAGUGCACAUGGCUUGGCGCCCAGCUCGCUGAGCUCUGUGGUGGUGCUGCCCACCGGCUCUGCCCUGCAGCUGCAGCACCCCGAGCUCGGUGUCGACCUGCUGCUGGAGCCCCCGCCCACGGCCGUCCUCGCAGUGUCCCUGCUGGGGUACACGCUGCUCCUGGUCCCCCAGGGCCUGCUGGACGCCGCCCACCCGCACUCCGGAGCCCAGGGACAGGCUCCCGGCGGCGACCUCGGCGGUCUCAGCGGCCUGCAGCUGGACGCUUUGCUGACCGCGGUGGAACAGCUGGUCGUCUUGGGCCAGCAGCAAUGGCCAUGCGCCUCCGUGCCCCAGGAACCAGGCCAGGAAGAUGCCUUGCAAGAAGCCGCCCCAGCCGCCUCCACCGCCUCCACCGCCUCCACCGCCUCUGAGCUCCUGGCUCCCCGUCCUUGGGCCGCUUCUCCCAGCUCUGCCUUCGACGACUGCCACCUGCUGCGCCCCCUCUUACCCAGCUCCUCGCUCUGGCCUCUGCCUCCCUCUCCCAGUCCAGCUCCCCAGCAGCGCCCCGAGAACCCGCAGCGCCCUCCCCGGCCCGCCUGCAAGGCCCGAAGACGCCUGCUCUUCAAGUGA